AUGAAGGGUCUCUUCUCAAUUCUUGCAUUGGCAGUUGCUGCCACCGAGGCUUGCCUUACCAUCUCAGGGUCAUGCCAGUCGGGCUCCAUUGAUCCCUACGUCAGCAUCAACGCCAACGACAACAAUCAAGCAUCUGGCCAUACGAGCUGCAGCAACUUUGCUCAUUGUGACAUGCAAAUCAGUGGCGCUGUCAACAGUGCCUGGGUCGAGAACUGCCAAUACCUGCACUGGAAUACGGGUCAUGGUAACUAUGUGGUCGACAUGCACCCCAGCACUACCACGACAUGUACCCGGACAUGCGGCGCUACUUCGUCUUGUUGUGACUUCGAGACCCAUUACUUGGUGGAUACGCGGGCUUUCUGCUAA